AGGUAAAGUUGACCAUGAGAAAAGCAAGGAAUUUCCAGGUUAAUGCUCGCAGUCUUAAGAGACUGUCUUUGAACUUCGUUGAUGGACAUCGCGAAGGCGAGACGAACUGAAAAUUGUAGACGUUUGAAUUAAAAAGGCAUAUCAGUAGGAACCAUGGGUAUUCGUGGUAUGAAUGCAUGCUUAUUCUUUGCGCAGUCUGUCAAUAUUAUUUUUCUCAUCAUACAUCAGAGAUAGAGAUUAGAGAAUGUCCACGUUUCACAACCCAGUUGACAUUACAUCCAAUUCCCUUCCUUUCCUUGUCUGGAGCGCCAAUCUACUCUCAAUUUUUCUCUCGACUAAAAAGUACACCAUGGAGAUUUUGAUGGCGCUAGUUAUUACCGCAAUCACAUGUACAAAGAACAGGUAGACAAAGAUUGUUAUUUAUAUAAACAAAAGAAGAUACUCGCUUCCAUACUCUGUACCCAUUCAGUGCUUAGAUUCCUAAAUCGAACUAAUUGUCUCUAGAACCUCUACGUGACUUUUCUCCUAACAACCUAACGUUAAUUAGCUGAGUUCCUAUUAGUUUUCGGCUAACCAAUACGAUUUCAAAGCAAGUAGACCUCACAUUCGAACUCAUCGCUUCGAAAACCCCCUGCCCCACGCUUCUCUUGAAAGUAUAAGUGUUUUGCUUUGUUUCUCAAGAGCUGAACUUCUACUGGGUUCCGACCAACUAAUUGGAUUUGGAAACAAAUGGACCUCAUAUUCGAACUCAUCACUUCUAAAAGCCUCCUGCCUCAUCAUUUUUCUAAAAGCAUAAGUGUUUGGGUCUAUUUUUUUAAGAGAUGCAUUCCUAUUGGUUUCCAAAUAACCAAUAGGAUUUCAAGACAUAUGGACUUCAGAUUCACACUCACCGCUUCUAAAAACUCCCGACCCUAUCAUUUACUUAAAGGCAUAAGUGUUUGGAUCUAUUCUUGUAAGAGCUGAAUUCCUAUUGGUUUCCAAACAACCUAUCAGAUUUCGAGGCAUAUGGACUUCAGAUUCGCACUCAUCGCUUCUAAAAACACCAGACCCUAUCAUUUACUUAAAGUCAUAAGUGUUUGGGUGUAUUCUUUUAAGAGCUGAAUUCCUAUUGGUUUCCAAACAACCUAUCAGAUUUCGAGGCGAAUGAUCCUCAUAUUCGCACUGGCCGUCCUCGAAGACCGCUGCUUCCAUAUUUCUGGGUGUUCAGGAAGUAGUACUAACAAGGGAAACUUCCCAGGUGUCGGAGCGCUUUUCAGUCGGGGUUUCGCGCAUCUUGUAGCCCAUAGUGAGCUAUGUCUAUAGUGAAAAAAGUUCGGGCUCCUGGCUUGUUUCUGAGGAGAUAUCAAACUCCUAAUGAAUUUUCUCUAUAGUACACCUACUUUAGCAGCAAAGCUAUAUUUUUGAAUUUUGACCUGAAACUUUGCCUGUAUAUAGGCCUCAGUUGGACUAGCUUGCACAAAAAAUUUCAGUAGUUUUAAAUCUUUUAUGCAAGUUAGUCUAGCUGAGGUCUUUAUACAGGCAAAGUUUCAGGUCAAAAUUCGAAAAUAUAGCUUUGCUGCUAAUGUACGUGUACUAUAGAGAAAAUCCAUUAGGAGCUCGAUAUCUCCUCAGAAACAAGCCAGGAGCCCGAACUUUUUCCACCGUAGACAUAGCUCACUAUGGGCUACAAGAUGCACGAAACCCUGACUGAAAAGCGCUCUGGCACUUGGGAGGUUUCCUUGUCAUUUGGUUCAACUGAAUUCAACUUUCAAGUUUGACAGUAUUGGAAAUUCCGAUGGAGGAAGUCGCAUUGUUGAAAAUGCUUAGAAAAAUGGUUAUAAUUCAUGGCAAGUGUCAGUGGUGUAAUGGUAACAUGGUUGUUUGUCGAACAACUGCCGUAGGUUCGACUCCUGCCUGGCACGAUAUUCUUUUUUUUCUUUCUUUCUUCCUGUUUACCUGAGUGAGUACUAAUGGUGACGUAUUGCUUGCGCACAUGCGUCUUAUACAUGAAGGAACGACAAGAUUUUCGAAAACAUUAUCAAUAUUUUUUUCAGGUUUCAUACUACGUUUCAUUUUUGAACGCAAAUUUAAUCUUAGUAUACAUGUCUGUGAGUGCAGUUGCGAUACAAUAGAACACACACCCUAUCCGCCAAGCAAAAAGCAAUCAGAAGAGAAGAAGAAAAGAAAGAGAUAUGUAUAUAAAGUCCAACGUGUACACUAAUGUCUUCUAUCCCUCAUCUUGCCAAAUUUCAUGAGCAUUCUGACAAUAGCGAUGUUCAAACGAUGAAAUUGUAUAGAAUCAUGGUUGUCAUUCAUGUCAAGUGUCAGUAGUGUAGUGGUAACAUACUUGUUUGUCAAACAACAGUCGCAGGUUCGAUUCCGGCCAGGCAUGUUAUUCUUUUUUGUAUCUUACUAUACUUUUCUGUGGACGCGAAUGUAAGUGAAUGGGAGAUCCACAGACACAUCAUCGACUGAUAUUGAAAUUAAAGAAGGAAAUGAAGAGAAAAGGGCACAUCUCGUGCGUAAAGCCUUACGUGGUCUAAUAUUAGUUGAAUGAAUCAAUUUCAAAUAGGCAAAUGACAAAUAAAUAAACGAAGAAAAAGAAAGAACUUAUUUUUCAAAGAAAUAUUUUGAGCUCAAUUUACAUCAAAGAAAUCUUUGUCAAAUUUGAUAAUUUAAUUCAACAGAUUCAAAAUGAUCAAAUAACACGAAAAACAAAUCAAAUUGAUGAACCAAUUUCAAUUAAUAUCUUCAGUGGACAAAUUGAAUUUGAAGAGACAUCAACAGUUGAACUUUAUGGUCAAUUUGUUAAUUUCGAGUUUUAA